AUGUCGUCCAGCCCCGCUCCUUCUGACGCUGGCGAGGCCAGACAACCCGACCAAAUCCACUUCCGUUUCUGUCGCGAAUGCUCGAAUUUGCUCUACCCCAAGGAGGCCAAGCACGGCAACCAGCUCCUGUUCACCUGCCGUACCUGCCAUGUCGGAGAGCCGGCCAGUUCGCCCUGUGUCUACCAGAACAAGCUUAACAACCAGGUCGGCGAUACUGCCGGUGUGACCACGGAUGUCGCUACUGACCCUACUGUAUGUGAUACCGUCUUCCUCAAGCUUUCUCAGUUUGGCUUUGUUGUCAUGCCCGGCCUCUGCACCUUCUGUGGUGGUGCUAUUCUCUGUUCCCUUCCCCGUGCCAACAAACUCUGCCCGAGCUGCGGGGAGAGCGAAGCCGUCUUCUUUCAGUCACAGCAACGUUCUGCCGAUACUGGAAUGAAACUGUACUACGUCUGCUGUGCCUGCGCCAACGUCUUCCUCUGA